UUUCACAAUUUCCUUUCUUAACAACACAACGAUAGGCGCUUUUAUUGGGCGCGUUGACUGGUGCUGUUUUACCUGGCCAGCUGUCACGUCAAAACUUUCUCCACGCCCCUCUGGUGACGCAAAGUAGGACGUCCUGCGCGCAUCGGCGAGGAACGACCACCGAGGGGCCUGGACUUCACUUGCGCGCUGUUCUCGUCCGGGGACGCCUCAGCAAUAUGCGCGGCGCGCCACUCGCGUUUGGAACAGCCGCACACAAGACCCCAAGGACACAAGGACUUCAGUCGGAGUCUACAUUGCAGACUUCUACUUUGCCCCCAGGCUGGAUUUAAAGCGUCAUUUCAGAAAAAACGCCGCCGGAGACCACAGUUGAUCUCGAACACGUGGGGGGAAAUCGCGUGGAGUCAUUUUUGGAGACGCAAUUACGCACGGCGAUUGUCCAACAAAUGCCAGCGCCCAAGUUGUGCAUCACGCAUUUUCCCGAGUCCCACAGCUCCCCGCAUAGUAGGGGGACUUUCUUUCUCUCGCCUGCGGGAUGUGGGCCGGAGGACUCCCGGCCGCCGUGGUCGUGACCCUACUCCUGGUCGCCAUGGACGUGCAGGCCAGCGGGGAGUACUGUCACGGAUGGCACGACGCCCAGGGAGCGUGGAAGGAAGGCUUCCAGUGCCCGGAGAAGAUAGACGGCCUGGACGCCAUCAUUUGCUGCGGGAAGUGCGAGCUGCGCUACUGCUGCUCCAGCAUGGACGCGCGGCUGGACCAGGGCAACUGCGACAACGACAGGCGGGCCCUGGAACCAGGGAACGAGGGCAAGGAGACUAAGGACUCCGGCGCAGUUCCCAUCUAUGUUCCCUUCCUCAUCGUGGGCUCCGUCUUCGUGGCCUUCAUCCUGGUGGGCUCAGUGGUGGCCAUGUGCUGCUGUCGCUGCCUGCGCCCCAAGCAGGAGAUGGCGGCGGGCGGCUCCGGCGGAGGGGGCCGCCUCCUGGAGACCAUCCCCAUGAUGUCCGGCGCCGCCGGCUCCAGGGGCUCGUCGUCGCGCCAAUCCAGCACGGCCGCGUCGUCCAGCUCCUCCGCCCCGUCCGCCAACGCCCGCCCGGGACCCCAGCCGCCCGCUCCUCUGGUCCGGGCGCAGGCCUCCUGCUGCCUCCCGCCCGACGCCAGCGUCUUCGUCAACAUGCCCACCAACUUCUCCGUUCUCAACUGCCAGCAGGCCACGCAGAUCAUGCCCCACCAGGGACAGUUCCUGCAUCCGCAGUACAUCGGCUACGCCCAUCCGGUGUCCCCCACUUUUAUAGACCCCACCCAAGGUGGGUAUAGACCCCUCCAGUCCCCUUGCCCUCCCCCUCAAGCUGGAGGCUCCAGUGUCGCCAGUGAGCAGAAAUACCCGCCGGUGACAGUGUGACGACUUGUCAAACGACACCUGAGUGGAUUCUGGUGCCCCCCCCCCCCCCUUCCACCACCAGCAUUUUUUUUUUCUUUUUUUAAGGGGAAUGAAAUAAAAUGUUUUUUUUUGUGGUUAGAAUACAUUGUAUGUGCCUCCACUAGUCUAAAAACAGUAUUAUGAUUAUUAUCACAUUCGUGGAUUAAGAAUAACUUUCAUCCAUCUCAGGGGGCCGCCCUGUUUGGCAAUAUCAACCUCUGCUGUCGACCGAAAUUAACGUCAAGUGCUCUGUGCCUGUGUUUUGAGCGUCAUGUAUGCUGUGAUAACUAGCAUAACUACGCGUGGUUUGCUAAGAUUUUGUUCAAACCAUCAUGACAUCAACCUGUGUUACAAAUGCAAACUGAUGAAUUAACACGUUUAAUCAUUAUUCCACGAAUGCGAUAUUAAGCACAGUACAGUUUAGACUAGUGGUAGAAAAUUCAAUGUAUUUUUCCAAAAAAAAAAAAAAAUAAUAAUAAUAAUUUGGGUUGCGUUCCCCUACAAGGACUGUUUGUUUUCUGGACUUGGUUUUUGGUAUUGCAAAUGAGCUGAGCUCAGCUUACAAACGUGGGCUCAAAAAUACUUGCAAGUAUGAAAGAUUUGUGUGUUUGUACCAGGGAUGACUGGGGUGAUUUAUAGUGCGCAUUUGUAAAAGUGUGUGUGUGAUGGCAAUCGCAGGCGGUCUCCCUGCAGACUAUUUAAACGCUAAUGAAGUGAGCGCGGCACACGGACCGUGACGCUCCAGACUUUUCCUCCCGACGCCGCCCCGGCGUGAGAAAACGCCGACGUCACCCGAAGGCUCGUGAGGCGGCGCUUUGAAAACGAUACCACCCCCACCCCCUUGCUCGCAUUUCCCGUGAGGUGUGUUACUGGAUUUUACACUUGCACAGUUCAGUGCGUGUGCUGAGCGAACAAGCAAGUCGCCCGUUACCUUCCAAACGCAGGAAUGCGCAGUCUGUCUGCACGAUAUGCGGCAAUACAGCUUGCGUCGUCGAGGAUGCACCAGUGCCAUUUUUAAUGCCUUCAUGGAACUAAAUAAAAAAACAAGUCAUUUUCAGUGA